CUACUCAGCCGCUCAGUCAGUCGGUCAGUCAGAGCUGAGGAGAGCAGCAGAGGGGUUCGAAUCUCACUUUUUCUGCAUUCAUGGCGCUGUGUAACGGGGAUAGCAAGCUGGACAUCAGUGGUGCGCCUACAGACGGCCUGCAGAACUACGACGGCGCGGUGGUGAUCCUGGACGCCGGGGCGCAGUACGGAAAGGUGAUCGACAGACGGGUGAGGGAGCUGUUCAUCCAGUCGGAGAUCCUGCCGCUGGAGACGCCGGCCUUCGCCAUCAGAGAGCAGGGCUUCAGAGCCAUCAUUAUAUCCGGUGGGCCGAACUCGGUCUACGCCGAAGAUGCCCCUUGGUUCGACCCUGCCAUCUUCACCAUUGGCAAACCCGUCUUAGGAAUCUGCUAUGGCAUGCAGAUGAUGAAUAAAGUGUUUGGUGGGACGGUACACAGGAAGAGUGUGAGAGAAGACGGUGUGUUCAGCAUUAACAUCGACAACUCCUGCUCCCUGUACAGGGGGCUACAGAAGGAAGAGAUGGUCCUGUUGACCCACGGCGACAGUGUGGAUAAAGUAGCCGAUGGGUUCAAAGUCGUCGCCCAGUCUGGCAAUAUUAUUGCAGGCAUCGCUAACGAGCAGAAGAAACUCUACGGCACCCAGUUUCACCCAGAAGUGGAUCUGACCGAGCGGGGCAUGGACAUGCUGAGAAACUUCCUGUUCGAGAUCGCAGGCUGCGCCGGUAACUUCACCGUCCAGAGCCGUGAGGUGUCCUGCAUCCGAGAGAUCCAGGAGAAGGUGGACAAGUCCAAAGUGCUGGUAUUAUUAAGCGGUGGUGUGGACUCCACGGUGUGUACAGCUCUACUGAAUAAAGCGCUGGACCAGGACCAAGUGAUCGCCGUCCAUAUCGACAACGGCUUCAUGAGGAAGCGGGAGAGCCAGAGUGUGGAGGAGGCUCUCACCAAACUCGGCAUCAAACUCAAAGUGGUAAACGCGGCACACACGUUCUACAACGGCACCACGACGCUUCCCAUCUCCGAGGAGGACCGGACCCCCAGGAAGCGCAUCAGCAAGACUCUCAACAUGACCACCAACCCUGAAGAGAAGAGGAAGAUCAUCGGCGACACCUUCGUCAAGGUGGCGAAUGAGGUGAUCGGCGAGAUGAACCUGAAACCCGAGGACGUGUAUCUAGCUCAGGGCACGCUCCGACCGGACCUGAUCGAGAGCGCCUCCCAUCUGGCCAGCGGCAAGGCCGACGUCAUCAAGACGCACCACAACGACACGGAGCUCAUCCGCAAGCUCAGGGACGAGGGUAAAGUAAUCGAGCCACUGAAAGAUUUUCACAAGGAUGAGGUGCGUGCCCUGGGUCGAGAGCUCGGCCUUCCGGAGGAGAUCGUCUCCCGACACCCUUUUCCUGGUCCUGGUUUGGCGAUCAGAGUAAUUUGUGCUGAUGAACCGUACAUCUGUAAAGACUUCGCAGAGACCAACAACGUUCUGAAAAUCAUCACAGACUUCUCCGCCAGCGUUAAGAAGCCACACACUUUGCUGCAGAGAGUCAAAUCCUGCAUAUCAGAUGAGGAAGAGGAGAAGCUGAUGCAGAUCACCAGCCUUCAUUCACUGAAUGCCUUCCUUCUGCCAAUCAAAACCGUGGGCGUCCAGGGCGAUGCACGAUCCUACAGCUACGUCUGUGGGGUGACGAGUAAAGAAGCUCCACACUGGGAAUCACUCAUGUUCCUGGCCAGACUCAUCCCCCGAAUCUGCCACACCAUCAACAGAGUUGUGUAUGUGUUCGGGUCACACGUGAAGGAACCUCCCACAGACAUCACUCCCACCUUCCUGACCACAGGCGUACUGAGCACGCUCAGACAGGCCGACUUUGUGGCCCACUCCAUCCUGAGAGAGUCUGGUUACUCGGGUAAGAUCAGUCAGAUGCCCGUCAUCCUGGUCCCGCUGCACUUUGAUCGUGACCCGCUGCAGAAGCAGCCGUCCUGCAGACGCUCGGUCGUCAUCAGGACCUUCAUCACCAGCGACUUUAUGACCGGCAUCGCCGCCACACCUGAUAACCACAUACCCGAGGAGGUGGUGCUGAAGAUGGUGAGUGAGAUUAAGAAGAUCCCGGGCAUUUCCAGAGUGAUGUACGAUCUCACAUCCAAACCUCCAGGAACCACAGAGUGGGAGUAGAUCAGCACUGUAUCACUCUCCUCCUGCUCCUCCUCCUCCUCUCUAUAUUUUCUUAAAUGAUCACCCUGUAUACCCCCACCAUGCCACCACACCACUGUACCACCAUGCCAAUGUUACCACACCUUUUAUUUUCAGAGAACGAAACAUUCCACAUGACGCCAUCAGUACUGUGAUUAGAACACGCCAGAAGCCGCUGUUCCAACACACUCAUUUUCUGGGGCGUUUUAUCACGAUUGUUGUUGUUAUUGUGAUUAUUAAUGACACGUUAGUUACUGAUUCAACUCUCUUAUGUUUAGGUAGAUUUUACUGACGCGCAGACACCGUUUUACAUCUUUAUUUGCAGGCUUCGCAUCCUUGAAGUGCAGGGAGUGUAUUCACAAUGCAAAGCUGAGUUUUAUCAAAAUAGAAAUCUGCUAUUUAUUAGAAAACGUUUAGUGUUUUUGCUGAUUUGUAACAGGCAGAGCUGUUAAAGCUACCAAAAAUGAUUAAAGACAGCAGGUUCACUUUCUGACCACUGUGGCAGUAUAGACCCUAAAGAGUGAAUUGAUCCUUCUCAAAUGUCUAUUGUGGAUGUGUAGUAGCACACAGUGGUGCCAUAGAACACAAUAAAAUGUUUUUAAGGCAUGUCAAUCAAAUGUAAGACAUGAAUUCUGCAAAAGUACAGAUCUCGAGACCUGCAGCUGCUUAGAAGUGGCCACAACUACAUGAUUUUACUUCAAGAUAUUUUAUGCAAUUCGUAAUGAUGUGGCUCAGACUGAUGGGAUCAGUCGGGCACUGGGAAUUUCCCAUCAGCACUCAGUCAGAAUUACAAAUGAGGACUAAUGAAGAGUUUUCAACAUCAUUAAACCAAUAAUCUAAGCUGGUUUGUUAUAAAACACAACUAAAAUGUAUUCAAAUCAUUAUUUUUUUAAAUAUUUGCACACAUGACUGUAAUCCCAAGCAUCUGACACACACGUCUCUUAUGAGUAAACGUAAAUUCUGACUUGAACAGUGCGUAACAUACCCCAGAAAUGACAAUUCUGUCGCUGUUUGUGCUGUUAGGACUUUCAGUGCUGGAUUGUGCAGCUUUGGGUUCUUCAAACUGACCAAAGCUCUGCUCCUGGAUCCCCCGAUCCUACAGUUUAAUUUUUCUGAGGGACCAACUCGACCCCUGCUUUUAAUCAAACCCAAAAAAAUCAGAUGACUACUUUAUUUAAUGGAAUGAUUUUCAUGCUGCUCAAAGCAGAUCGGCAGGGCCACAUGGCUCAUCGUGGCAGAUUCCAUCCUUAUAAAUGCUGUUUGUCUUAUAAAAAAAAGUGUCACCAGUUUAUUUGGGGGGGGUUUAUUCGCGACGUGAUCAUCACACUGAAUUUUGAUUUGUACUCUCGUUUCCUGCAGGCUUCACCGUUAGUGUUCAGUGUCUCGUCUCACGUAUUCCUGAUGUGACCAAUCGAUAUUUCGUUUUGUAUUCUUUUCUGCCAAAUAUACAGAAAUAUAAAGCUUGAUGGGUGCAGGAGCGUCCAGUUUUGCGCUGUGUUUGCAGUUUCUACCUGUUCUGUUAUGGUGGUGUACAGCAGAAAUGUGCUGUGACGGAGCUUCUCUGUGCUGAGGAGCUUCUGGACUUUGUGCCUGGUUUAGUUUUGUUUUUGUCUCGUUUUUUUUGAAUAUUCAGGGAUGUGAAGCUCACAUCUGACUAACAUGCUGCAUCGUUUAUUUUUUUGUACUUUAUUUUCUUUAAGAAAUGAUUAAGAAGUUAAUUAAGAAGUUAGUAAGAUAUUAAGUCCUUCAUAAGAGCGUGGCUGCUUGUGUGUGGGGUGGAAGGGGCGUUUGUUUGCACAUUAACCAUAUCUUCGUUUUACCCAUACGGCCUUGGUGCUCGUUUCUCUCUGAGAUACGGGGAACCAGACAUGCUUUAAUAACACCUUUAUAAUCUGCCAGACUUUGCAGGCCCUCCUGUACAACCCCGAUGUUGCUGGUUCUGUUCCUCGACUAUACAGAGGUCCGUUUGGGCGAUAACAGAAUUCUAUGCCAAACUCAAACCUUCUCUGUAUAUAAGAUGUCCGUGUCGUAACGAUGAUGAAUCCCACGCCGAGCUAUUUAUUGUCCUCAUUUUUUGGUUAGCAACAAAUGCAACACGACGGUGGACUUCUUUCCUGUCUCGACUCCAGACGUCAUUUUAAGCAGCUCUUCCCCUCCGUCGCCUUUUUAUGUGUACAUUUUACAUGUCUGCUCAAAUGAAAAUACUAUUAAUCAAAUUUUAGUCAGUAGUGCGUUCCGCUGCAUUCUGGCGCCGUGUUCAGUUUGAUUUAUGCAAUUCUGUUACUUCUUUUUUAUAUGUAUAUGUAUGUAUGUAUAUGUAUAAGAACAGAAGCUGUUUCUUUAGUAUUGUGCCUCCGAUUGAAUCCACUGCAUGCGUUUUCCUGAUGAACUGAAAUUUGUAUAAUGAGAUCUCAGCUUUAAUAAAGGAGUCCCGUGUCAAUUUUC